CUUUGGCUGUCGCGCUUUGCUUUUCUCUAUCCUCCUCCUCUCCUCCUGUUACCUUGAUUCUUUCCUCGCGUCGCCGCCAUGGUCCGCUCCUACUUACGGCACGAACCCACCUCAGCCUUCGGUGUCGUCACGUCCCCCUCAGCUCGCUGCCUCCUCUCCUCGGAUGGGAAAACGGCGUAUGUUGCUGCGCUCGAAGAUGUAUUAGUCUGGGAUGUCCGCCGCGGUGAGCAGGUGGCGAUGUGGCACGACGUAGGGCUUCGCAGCCCCGUGACAGCUCUUGUACGCUCUGUCGCUAGCCCAUCGACAUUCGCCGUAGGUUACGAGGAUGGAUCGGUGCGAAUCUGGGAAGAGGGAAACAGCGAAACGCCCAGCGUUACUUUCCAUGGACACAAGCGCGCAAUCACCGCCAUGCACUUCGAUGAAGCUGGGAUGCGACUCGUCACCGCUAGUCAGGAUACGACGUUGAUCUUGUGGGAUCUAGUGGCGGAGAGUGGACUUUUCAGACUAAAGGGACAUAGAGACGCCAUUACGGAUGUGGCAUUCGUUCCCACCUCGUCGCCUUCGCCUUCGACGUCACAGGUCGCCUCUUCCUCUUCCUCCUCCUCCUCGCCUCGCACGCGCAACAACACCCACCUCCUCUCAACAAGCAAGGACGGUCUCCUCAAGCUGUGGGACAUCGAUCUGCAGCAAUCCAUCCAGACAGUCGUACCGGGAAAGGGAGAGCUCUGCAGUCUAGCCGUACUGCCCAUCGAGGCGGGGGACGCCCUUCUGCUCACGGGCAACUCCGAGGGACAAGUAAAAGCUUGGACCCUCUCCGGUGAGGCACUAGCAUCUGGUCUGGCACAGACUGGGUCCAGUGAGGAGGAACAGGUGCGGUUCAUUACUGCGCUGGGCCAGAUCGAGGUGGCGAGCAAGAGAAGAGUCACACAGAUGAGCUUCAAUGCUGCUUCUUCGCCAGGGAAUGGGGCUUCGGCUUCGCAUCUAGCCAUAACUAGCUCAGAUCGCAGUGUGCAGAUCUUCAGGUUGAGGGAAGAGGAGGAGAUGCGACGCAAGAUGGCAAGAAGACAGCGCAGGAUCAAGGAGAAGGCAAAGGGAGCUAGUAAUGGUACAGCCCUAGCGACUGGGGAGGACGACGAAGUGGCGCAACCCAAGGUUACAUGGCUAGACCGCAUCGAGGCGUACACCAUUGUGCGCCCAGAAUCGGGGAGACUCAGGAGCUUCGCCUUCCCCAGCGAUACCAGCGGCACUAGCGGCACAUAUUCGUCCUCCUCCUCCUCAUCAUCCGGCCUCCCAAUCCUCUGCGCAACAUCCAGCAACUCUCUCGAAAUCUACUCCAUCCCUCCUCCCCCUUCCAAGUCGGCAAAGAAAGCCCUCCCCUCCACGGGCACGGGCACAGGCAACCCAGAGGCGACCCUCUCCUGCACCCUCGACCUCCCAGGACAUCGCAGCGAAUCCAGGGCAGUCGCCCUCACCUCAGACGACUCCCUCCUCGCAUCUGCCGACUCCACCGGCCUCCUCAAAGUAUGGAACGUCGCUACCAACAAGUGCGUGCGCACCUUACUCUUUGGCGGAUCCAUCCCUGGGUCAGGGUACGCCUUGUGCGUCUCCUGGCUACCGGGGGAUAGGUACGUGCUGGUGGGUUGCAAAGAUGGGAGUUUGGUCACCUUCGACGUACCGGCGGGGGAGGUGGUGGAGGUCAUCAAGGCGCACGAUGGACCCUUAUGGAGCGUCGCCAUCCACCCGGAUGGGAUGCGCUGCGUGACUGCUAGUGCGGAUAAGGACGUCAAAUUCUGGGAAUUCGAGAUGCGCAGCGCUGAGACAACGCAGACUCAGACGCAAGUAGAGCAGCCCAACGACUCGGAUGACGAGGAGUCUCCUCGUCCUCGACCCUCAGGCCCUCCGCGUCUCUGCCUCGCUCACACGCGCACCCUAAAAAUGACAGACGAAGUCCUCUAUGCCCGUUUCUCCCCUCAAGACGGGAAACUUCUAGCCCUCUCCCUUUUGGACAAUACGGUGAAAGUCUUCUUUACCGACUCUUUGAAAUUCUUCUUGAGUCUGUAUGGUCAUAAGUUGCCUGUGUUGGCUUUGGAUAUCAGCCAGGAUGGGAAAUUGUGCGUAACGUGUUCGGCGGAUAGGAAUGUUAAGAUUUGGGGUCUCGACUUCGGAGACUGUCAUCGCUCCCUCUUCGCUCACAGUGACAGCGUCAUGUCCGUUGCCUUUGAGCGCGGAAUGCAAGGCGGUGGGUUGCUUGGCGGUCGCGAGGGAGCUUCACACCACUUCUGGACGGUAGGGAAGGACGGUCUCGUCAAGUACUGGGAUGGGGAUCGAUUCGAGCUCAUCCAGACCAUGGAGGGGCACCAUGGUCCCGUGUGGGCCUUGGCUGUCGGCCAUGCGGGGACCAAGGUGGUGAGCAGUGGGGCGGAUCGUAGCUUGCGCGUCUGGGAAAAGGGGGAGGAACCCCUCUUCCUCGAGGAGGAGCGCGAGAGAGAACAGGAGCGUUUAUUGGAGGAGGCGGAUAGGGAGGAGAGGGCCAGGCAACAGGGUCACGUAGGCGCUGUAGGCUCUUUGGUGGGGGGGAGCGGUGCGGAUGGGGCACCCCAGCAGGAAGAGCCGGAGAGCGGGGCAGUCACGAACGAGACGACGGGCAGUCUCAUGGCGGGGGAGAGGCUCAUGGAGGCACUAGACGUCGCAGACGCGGAGGUGGCACAGAGGGCCGAGUGGAUCAAGUUGGGCAAACGUGGACCGCCCCCGCCACGCAAUGCGUUGAUCACCGCAGCGCUGGGCCCCUCAGACUCGGAACAGGACGAAGAGGACUCGGCCGCCGCCCAUCAGUACGUCCUGCGCGUCCUCCAAUCCAUUCCGGCAGCACAAUUGGAGGACUCCCUCCUCGUGCUUCCAUUCGAAAAGGUCGUCUCCCUCCUCACGCACAUGGAUUCUCUCCUCUCCCAGACACCCGGCAGAAGCACCGUCAGUAUCGUCCCCUUGCUAAGUCGUACCAUCACCUCGUUACUUCGCGCCCAUCACGCGCACAUAGUCUCUCAUCCACCAAAGGGGCUACGUGCCGCUCUGUCCCGGAUUAGGGGGAACAUGGGGCGAGCCUUGAGGGAGGAGAAGGCCCUUGUGGGGUAUAAUGUUUGUGGGUUGGCGGCACUCAAGGGUAGGGCGAGGGAGAGGCGGAGCGCUAGGAGGUUUGAGGAGGGGGGGUUUGGUGAGGUGCAAGGCGAGGGGGAGGGGGAUGAGGUGGAUGGGGGGACGAGGAAGAGGAAGGUCACGAUUAAGUAG